GGCCGCGGCCGCGGCAGCUCCGCGAUGCCGCCUCCGGAGCCCAUGCCCGGCUACGGGGAGCUGCUCCGCCGGGGCUACGGCAGCCUGGCCGCGGCGGCGCGGAGCUGCGGGGACUGCGGCUGGCGGCUGGCGCUGCGCACCUGGGCCGAGAACGCGCACCUGGGCUGGGCGGAGGUGCUGCUCUGCGGGCUCUGCGCGCUGGGCUGGACCGCGCUGCGCCGCGCCUGCUCCCGCCGCCUCUUUCGGCCCUUCGGGGAGUGGUGCCAGCUGCAGCCCAGGGACGCUGCCAAGAUGCCCGAGAGCGCCUGGAAGCUGCUCUUCUACUCCGUGUCCUGGUCCUACGGCGCCUACCUGCUCUUCUGCACCGACUACGCCUUCUUCCACGACCCGCCGUCCGCCUUCCGCGGCUGGCAGCGGGGCAUGGCGGUGCCCGCCGACAUCGCGCUGGCCUACCUGCUGCAGGGCAGCUUCUACGGGCACGCGCUCUACGCCACCGCCUACAUGGACACCUGGCGCAAGGACUCGCUGGUCAUGCUGCUGCACCACGUCGUGGCGCUCACCCUCAUCGCCGCCUCCUACGCCUUCAGGUACCACAACGUGGGCAUCCUGGUGCUGUUCCUGCACGACGUCAAUGACGUGCAGCUGGAGUUCACCAAGCUCAACGUCUACUUCAAGCACCGCGCCGGCGUCUACCACCGGCUCAACGACGUCGUCUCCAACAUCGGCUGCCUGGCCUUCAGCNGUUCCUGGUUCUGGUUCCGUCUCUACUGGUUCCCCCUCAAGGUGCUCUACGCCACCUGCCACUCCAGCCUCCAGGCCGUCCCCAACAUCCCCUUCUACUUCUUCUUCAACGCCCUGCUGCUCGUGCUCACGCUGAUGAACAUCUACUGGUUCCUGUACAUCGUGCUGUUCGUGGCCAAGGUGCUGCUGGGGCAGAUGCAGGAGGUGAACGACGUCCGCGAGUACGACGUGGAGGAGAGCAGGAAAUCCGGGAAGGAGGCCGGGAUCCCACUGCCCCAGGCUCUGAAGGAAGGGCUGCACCUCAGGAACGGCCUCGUCAAGGACAAGAGGUUGUGAGGGCGGCGUGGCCACGGCUGCCAGGACCUGGCCCUGCCAGGACCCUGCCCUGGGACCCUGCCAAGGACAGGCCCGAGGAGAACCUCCCCGCUGAGCCCCUGCUGCCCAGUGCCAGGACGGGGCCCCUCGGGGCUGGGCCGUGCCCUGGCACCGUCCCCUGGGGCUGGGGGCUCCCCGGGGCCCAGUUUGGCUGUGCCAGCCCAGGGAGGGGCUGGGGCUGGCUCUGUGUCCCCGGUGUUGCUCCACGUUCUCAGCCCCCUGGACCCCCGUCCGAGCCUCCCCCAGCUGCUCCUGCAGGCUCCAGCUCCAAACUGGGCAGGGGGAGCUCCAGCUGUGCUCCAGCUGCCACCCGGGGCACCAGAGGUGACCUUGGAGGAGUCACUGUCACCUGCCUGGAAAUCCACCUCAGGAGCUCCAGCCCAGCCCUUGGAGGAGGCCCAGGAGGUUGGAAAAGCUUGGAAAGCCC